AGUGAGUCUACACUCAGCCUCCUUUUCAUUUCCACACCAGACUGCCAUUCAGUCGGCGAACAUCAAACGGGUCCUACCGCAACAGUCUCCACUGCUGGUGAAUAUAAAGAUCAGCUUCCAUAUACAAUCCAGUAGACUAUCUUUUAGUUUGUUAAGUCACUUCUAUCUUCAACAUGCGUGAGAUCGUUCAUAUGCAAGCUGGCCAAUGUGGCAACCAAAUUGGAGCCAAGUUCUGGGAAGUGAUCUCUGAUGAACAUGGUAUUGACCCAACUGGAACUUACCACGGUGAUUCUGAUCUUCAGUUGGAGAGAAUAAACGUCUACUACAAUGAAGCUACAGGUGGUAAAUAUGUACCUCGAGCUGUUCUGGUUGAUUUGGAGCCAGGUACCAUGGACUCUGUCCGAUCUGGUCCUUUCGGUCAAAUCUUCCGACCAGAUAACUUUGUCUUUGGACAGAGUGGUGCUGGUAACAACUGGGCCAAAGGUCACUACACAGAAGGUGCAGAAUUAGUAGAUUCAGUUUUGGAUGUUGUCCGAAAGGAAGCAGAAAACUGCGACUGUCUUCAGGGAUUCCAACUUACACACUCCCUUGGUGGUGGAACUGGUUCUGGUAUGGGAACUCUCCUCAUCUCAAAAAUCAGAGAAGAAUAUCCAGACAGAAUUAUGAACACCUUCUCAGUCGUCCCUUCACCAAAAGUCUCCGAUACAGUUGUGGAACCCUACAAUGCCACCCUCUCAGUUCAUCAACUGGUAGAAAAUACAGAUGAAACUUACUGUAUUGAUAAUGAAGCUCUAUACGAUAUCUGCUUCAGAACCUUGAAGCUCACCACACCAACCUACGGUGAUCUCAAUCAUCUGGUAUCAGCCACCAUGUCUGGUGUGACCACCUGUCUCCGAUUCCCUGGUCAACUCAAUGCUGACUUGAGGAAGCUGGCUGUCAACAUGGUUCCCUUCCCACGUCUUCAUUUCUUCAUGCCUGGGUUCGCUCCCUUGACUUCCAGAGGUUCCCAACAAUACAGAGCCUUGACUGUUCCUGAACUUACCCAACAGAUGUUUGAUGCCAAGAAUAUGAUGGCUGCCUGUGACCCAAGACAUGGUAGAUACCUGACAGUAGCUGCUAUGUUCAGAGGUCGUAUGUCCAUGAAAGAGGUGGAUGAACAGAUGUUGAAUGUUCAGAAUAAGAACAGCAGCUACUUUGUUGAAUGGAUUCCCAACAACGUGAAGACAGCUGUCUGUGACAUCCCACCAAGAGGUCUGAAAAUGUCAGCCACCUUCAUUGGAAACAGCACAGCCAUCCAAGAACUGUUUAAGAGAAUCUCUGAACAAUUUACUGCUAUGUUCAGGAGAAAGGCUUUCCUCCAUUGGUAUACUGGUGAAGGUAUGGAUGAGAUGGAAUUUACUGAAGCUGAAUCCAACAUGAAUGAUCUGGUAUCUGAAUAUCAACAGUACCAGGAUGCUACAGCUGAAGAGGAAGGAGAAUAUGAUGAAGAUGUUGAAGGAGAUGAAGAAGCUUAAAUUUAAUGUCUAAUUAUAGUGCUCAUAACACCUGCAAAAGCUAGAUUAAUUUUGCUUUGACCGUAACUGAACAAUUUUAUUUUUUGCUUCUGUUGCAAAUCUUGAUAUGCAAAAAAACAAAGUUUUGUGGACCAACUGAUAAUUUGUGUGCAGACACUUUUAAAUACUCAAUAUAUUUCUACAUUUUUAACAAACUUUUUAAUGUGAAAUUGUAAAAUUCAAAUUGCAACGUUUUACUUUUUAUUUUGUUCAUCUCCAUCUUGAAUGCUUGGCGCUGACGUUGUUACAGGUACAAUAUACCAAUAUUUUAAAAAGUC